UUUCCGAGUUCCUUCUUCCAACAUGCGUUUUCUAGUGACUUCCAUUAUUCUCCUUGUGUUCAUUAUGCUAUUGUCUUUAAUACAAGGACAAUUGGAUAUGGAUGAACAAAUUUACCUAAAGAAGGAAUAUAAAAUUCGUAAAAAUAUUUGUUUUAAAAAACCAUUAUAUGGCAAAUGCAGUGGACAACGCAAAAUGUGGUAUUUUAAUGCCCAUCGAAAUCGUUGCGAAACCUUCAUCUAUUCCAAUUGUGCUGGCAAUCAAAAUCGUUUCUUUACCAAACCUCAAUGUGCCGAGUACUGCAUGGUUUUUAAUUUGACCAAACCUCUGCCUCGAUUGUCGGGCUAAUGCAAAUCAGGCUGUGUAAAUGCUACAACUGCAGUUUCCUAAUCGGUUAGUCAUUCGAGACAAAACAUAUGUCCAUCUAAUUUAAUCUCUGUUCGCAACAAUAAAAAUGACUCUAACCAGCUGAAA